GGGAGGACGCCAGCUCUUUGCACUUCCCCGCAUCCAACGCGAAGAAGAAGCCGCACCAAGCGUCGUGUCCCUGCGGGAGGCGUGCGAGGACGAGGGCGCCGUCCACCUCGUCAUGGAGCUCUACGAGGGCAGCAAGCUCUUCGACCGCAUCGUCGCGCAGGGGCACUACACCGAGCGCGCUGCCGCCAAUGUCACCCGCAUCAUCGUCGAGGUCGUCCAGCUCUGCCAUCAGCACGACGUCAUCCAUCGCGACCUCAAGCCGGAGAACUUCCUCUUCGCCAAUAAGAAGGAGAACUCGCCGCUCAAGGCCAUCGACUUCGGUCUCUCCAUCUUCUUCAAGCCUGAGACUGAACAAGGGGUGGCGCAGGCUAUUCUUCGUGGAAAUAUCGAUUUUAAGCGCGAACCCGCCGCCGCCAGCCCGCCCACCACGCUCUUCGCUAGCUCGCCCACCGCGCCGCCGCCAGCCAGCCCAUCGCGCUACAGACGCGCUGCCGGUACCCUCUCCCUCUCCGCCCGGAAGUUCUUGGGUAACCAUCUCACUACAGGUCCAGUUGGAAUCGAAUACUCUGUUUGCUGGCCUAUGCUAAUGAGUAAUCUAUUUCAGAUUUGGAUAUGUGCAAGACACAAUGGUUGCUCAACGAACCAGCACCAGGUAUAAGUGUGUCUCCGUCGGAGGAGAACAUGCGGUACUCAACGUCAUAAUCCUUGGCCAUGCGCAUUCACUUUGCAGUCAAUUCCUCAUUUAUGAUUGGCUUCACAUGACAUUACUUUUUGUAUGGGUAGUCUUUGUGCUUCUGAUGUUGUUUCUAGAAUUAUUAAUAGAUAUAUUUAUAGAAGGAAAAAGCAAAGGUCAGGGCACUGGUACUAUUUCAGAAGGUAUAUUUGGUUUGUGCAGCUUCAUUUGCAAUGCAUAUAUUUAUUCUUCUUUACUAAAAAGAGACUCAUCUUGUUAAUUUAGUAAUAUAUUUGUAUGUCCUGGGAAAAGAUUGCUAGAGGAAAAUUUGCUAAAUUCUACAACUACACAUAACCUUUGUUUUCUUUUUCAUUUCAGCUAUUGGUGAGUACUUACCGCUAUGAUGGACAAGACUUUUAUCAUUUCUUUUUUAGCCAGAUUGUGGUUAGAUGUGAGAUUACUGUAGUUCAUAGACCAUAGCAGAUGCUCGUAAGCAGAGGUUCGCUGCUGUAAAUGGAUUGAUUUCUUGCUUUUCCAGAACGCAUUGGCAAAGAUCAUGUCGCUGUCUCAGCACAGCACACACGGUUUGCAUCCAUUCCUGUAGUGGACCAAGUGACUGUAGUAUGAAGAAGCGCGUGUCAUUUUCCUGAUUAAUUUAGCUGGUUCAACUCUGUUGGGGUCCCAAGUCUUGGCCAUAAUUUGAUGUAAUUAAACUUCUUUAGACAAUUGAGUACCUUUCUAUGUGGAUUUACAUAUCCCUUUGCCUUAUAGUUUGGCAUAUUAUUGCACUUCAUGUUGACACACUUCUGAUAGCAUGUUUACCUUGGGAUAAGAUUUCUAAUGUUUGCCAAUAUUGCCAAGUAAAAUAAAAUGUCAGUGGCUUCCUUGAACACCCAGAUUAUUUGCUACCUUCCUUUUGCAUUACCACUAUAAUUUUCAAAGAAGGAUGCUCUUUAUCUUGUCUCUUUACAGGUUUGUGUGGCGAAAGAAGAUAGAGCGUGAUGUAUCUCAGGGACAGAAGGUGAAUAUUUCUGUUAAAUCUGAGAAGAAGAAACAAU